AUGUUGGUUCUUGCUUUUGUACUUGGUCAUGUUUUGCGUCGCCGUAAAUUUUAUUAUCUUCCUGAAGCUAGCGCUUUUCUUUUGAUUGACACUAGGCAAAGAGUGAUAACAUAGUGUUGGUUGCUAAAGUAAGAGCUCGCAACUUUGCAGAAAGGUAGCUCUUACAUUCAAACUGCUUUAUGUUGCUGAAAUUCUUCUCUACAUGAUUCUUGCGCUCACCUGGAGCUUGAUCCAUCAAAAUAAUCUGUGUGGAUUACUAAAGCAAAGCUUGGAGUUGUUGCGCGAGAAUUUUGUUCAAGCGUCUUCAGAGAUCAACAAGGAAAGAUGGGAAGCUUGAAUGAAGAUUGAAGUGAUAAGCAACAUUUUCCUCUCUUAACGAUCAGUGAAAGAGUGAAAGAGCAACAUCAAGUAACACAAUCUGCACUUGAUAAAGCAAACUUAACUGCUAAAGAUCUUUCUGCAGUAACAGUAACUAUUGGUCCUAGAUUAAGUUUUUGCUUGUGUGGUGGAAACUAUGGAAUUCCUGGAAGAUUGCAUAGAUAUGUAUUUGGAAAAGUAAGUGGUAUGGUUCCUCGUUUCAGGAGAUGAAGCUGCCCUAGGUGAAUAUGUAGAUAAUGAAGGUUGCUAGGUGAUGAAGAUGAUGAAGAUUGAAAAUGUGAAGCACUAAUUUUAGUUUAGGGAAUUUUUUGGGUAAAUAUGGGCUAAUCAUGGGUAGUUAGUGCUAACUUUUGGGUGAACAUUUGAUCUUUUGAAAAAUUUCUGGUGUGUAAUUAAGUGUGCAUCAUUGAAUGCUUGUGGCAGAUUUGGGGGCUAAUAUUUAUAAGCCUCAUAAAUGAUGAAUACUUGGGUUUUUUUUUUUUUUUCAAGUAAAAUGAAUACUUGGUUUAAAUAUGUUGUUCUUUUUUUAAAAAAAAAAAUAAAAUAAAAUAGAAGGGAAAUAAAAACCCUCCCAAAAUUUCACUCAAUUCGAAUUCUUUGUGAAAAAUUGGGAGGUAAAACAAAUCCCUCCUAAAAUUAGCAUAUUUUCCCACCAAUUUGCAAGUGGGUGGGUCCUACUUUCUCUCUCCUCUUCCUUUAAUUACUUUAUAAAAAUUUUCCUAAUCUUUGCCCCUUAAGUUUUGCCUUGGUAACCGCAACCCCCUCCAAAAUUGCACAUAACAUUUAACGGAGGUAAUAAUAUAGAUUAUAUUCUUAUUGACUUAUUGGCCAUUUUACACAAUAAACUAACUAACCAAAUGCACCUAUGCCCCCAAAGUUUAAUUGCUUUGGCGAAACUUGAUCUUUAAUAUAUUAUGCCUACUUCUUCUUUCAAAAAAAAAUUAACUACUGCCUAGUUAUAAAACACUAUUACGCAAAACGCUAAUAAAAACAAUUUGUCAAACACGCUAACAUUAAACCUUUAAACUCUAACAAGCUAGUUUAAACCGUUAAUAGAGAUAAAGUCGAGAGUUUUCCAAAAGAUCAGUCAUCACAAUUUAUAUUUAUAUCCAUAUCAAAAUUUUAAUCCAUAUCCAUUUAUCUGGGAGCAUAUAUAAAAGCUGAAUUCAUAAAAUUGAUUAAGUUAGUAAUCCUCACAAAGAAAAAGAUAAACAUCUACAGUUAAAUUCCCCUCUCUCUUUCUAAUGGCAGAUCAAGGAAAGCGGGCUGAGAUCUUUGAGCUCGACAAUGGUUCAAUGCAUGUAAAAAUCUCAAACUAUGGCUGCACAAUCACUUCUUUAUCAAUCCCUGACAAAGAUGGUAAACUUGCGGAUGUUGUAUUGGGAUUUGACUCUGUCGACCCUUACCUGCAAGGAGCUGGAUCAUAUUUUGGUUGCAUUGUUGGUCGUGUUGCAAAUCGAAUUAAGAAUGGGAAGUUUACACUUAAUGGAGUUGAGUACUCUUUGCCUGUGAACAAUCCCCCAAAUAGUCUCCAUGGUGGCCAUAAAGGAUUUGACAAGCAGAUAUGGGAUGUAGUUGCCUAUGAGAAAAACGACACUCCCUCGAUUACUUUUAAGUAUCACAGUCAUGAUGGCGAGGAAGGUUAUCCUGGUGAUCUUUCUGUGACUGCAACAUAUACUCUUACUUCCAAAACAACCAUGAGGCUAGACAUGGAAGCUGUGGCUGAGAACAAGGCCACUCCAGUCAAUCUUGCUCAACAUACAUAUUGGAAUCUAGCAGGGCACAAUUCAGGGCCUGUGCUUGACCAUCAUAUUCAAAUACGGGCAAAUCACUACACUCCAGUUGACGAGAACACAGUCCCAACCGGAGAAAUUGUCUCAGUUAAAGGCACACCAUUCGAUUUUACUUCGGAGAAGAGGAUCGGUCAGGAUAUUGAUAAAGUUGGCAUGGGAUAUGAUCACAAUUAUGUGCUUGACUGUGGGGAUGAAAAGACAGGAUUAAAACAUGCUGCUAAAGUCAGGGAACCUUUGAGCAAAAGGGUCCUUGACCUCUGGACUAGUUCCCCUGGCAUGCAAUUCUACACUGGUAACUAUGUGAAUGGAGUCAGUGGGAAAGGUGGGGCUGUUUACAACAAACAUGCUGGACUUUGUCUCGAGACGCAAGGAUUCCCGAAUGCUAUUAACCAACCGAAUUUCCCUUCUGUUGUUGUUGAACCUGGUAAAAAAUAUCAGCACAGUAUGUUGUUUGAGUUCUCAAUUGCAUAGAGUGUCUUUUGUAGGUUCUGUUUUAGUAUUUCCUAAAUAAUAUGUCCCACCUGUGUAAUGGCUUGCAGACUGAUUCCGUAAUAAAUGAAUAAUGAGUGAUUUUAUUAUCCUUUCGUAUGCAAAAUUUGCCUUGUGUUA